UUGCUGCUGCAGUCACACUGUUUAUGAGAGGUAAACUCGUGAGGUUCAGCCUCUGGAUUAUGCCAGAGGUUCCAUCCGGAGCUGCAGAGAUGUCCCGGAAAAGAGUCGCUGAGCCCGGGCCCUUACCCGAGAACGUCCCGGAGAGGAAGAAGGCCUGCUGGGGCAUCCUGACUAGCCAAGGGUCCUGGGCAGAUCGCUCCCCUCUCCAUGAAGCAGCUUCUCAGGGUCGACUGCUAGCCCUGCGCACUCUGCUGGCCCAGGGAUAUCACGCCAACAUUGUCACCAUCGAUCAUGUGACCCCUCUUCAUGAAGCCUGUCUCUCAGGAAAUGUAGCCUGUGUCCGAGCAUUAAUAAAUGCUAACGCUAAUGUAAAUGCUGCUACCAUUGAUGGUGUCACACCUCUGUACAACUGUUGUGUCUCAGGGAGUGUUGGUUGUAUGGAACUACUGCUGCAGAAUGGAGCGCACACACAGACAUCACACACACACUUCCCCUCUGCUCUGCAUGAAGCCUGCAAGAGAGGUAACACCACGUGUGUAGAGUCCCUGCUGUCUCACGGAGCAGAUCCAGACUAUGAGAGGUCCCACCUGGGCUCUCCUCUCUACAUCAGCUGUCUGCACGGACACACAGCCUGCUCAAAGGUUCUGCUGCAGAGCGGAGCCAAUGUUAAUGUAGGCCAAGAAGGGGACAGUCCUCUGCAUGCCGCUGUCAGACAGGACUCUGCAGAUCAGGUGUCCCUGUUACUGGACUAUGGAGCUGAUGUGAACAUCAGAGACAGUAACCAUCAGCGGCCUGUGGAGAUAGCGCCUACUGCUGGAAAAACACAACAACUGCUGCUGACAUUUGAAGUUGCUCCGAGGAGUCUCUGCCAGUUGUGUCGUCUUCAGAUCAGGAACCUGAUUGGACGAUCCAGACUGAAGCUGCUCCCCCUCCUUCCUCUCCCUCCCCUGCUCACUCACUAUCUGGAGUAUACAUAGGAUGAUGGGCACGCAUGCGUCAUGACAGCGAGGAUCAACCACAAUUCAAAUUGUCUUUAUUUAACACUUCAAAUUCCAAGGUGGCAGCCAAGCCCCUUAUUAACCACAUUUUAUCUCAACUCAUAACAAUGUUUUGAACUUUAUGGUCUUUACAUAAAAAAUCACUGGAAAAUCUA